AUGGGCUCCAUCAGUCCAUCCAACCGUGUGUGUUUCUCAGUUUGUGUCUCGAAUCAGCAGCAGACGAGGAAGAAAAGGCUGAAGUUGAAGAUGCUGUUGCCGAACUAUGAUGGGUUUGGAAAAACAGGAACAUUUGCCGGAAGGGAAGGGUUUUUCCCUUCUCGGUUUACGGCGUCGAAGUCAAAUGUGCUGCACAUAAGCCGGAUCCCAGAUUUUGUGCAUCCUUCUAGUUCAAACUGCUUUCAUUCAAAGUCGUCGAAGAAAAAGAAGAUCCAAUGCAUAUAUGGAGACAUACUAGAGGCCAUUCUGUCGCAGGUGCCUCUCGUAGACCUCGCACUCGCAUGCCACGUGUCCGAUACCUGGAAACAACCCGUGCUAUCCUCCCUUGAAGGCUUCAACAAAAUAAAACCGUGGCUCAUUGUCCACACGCAAAGCUCCCGGCACCCGUACGAGACGACGGCCCACGCGUACGACACACGCUCGCACGUGUGGGUGGAGAUCCAGCAGCCCUCGAUCGACCACGUCUCGGCCCUCCAAUCGUCGCACUCGACCCUCCUCUACAUGCUCUCGCCCUUCAGGUUCGCCUUCUCCGUCGAUCCACUCCACCUGACGUGGCACCGGGCAGACGCUCCGAUCGUGUGGCGGUCUGACCCAAUAGUCGCGGUGGUUGGCCACCUCGUCGUGGUAGCGGGCGGCAUGUGCGACUUCGGGAACGACCCGAUACCAUUGGAGACCUACGACCUGAGGACCCAAAGGUGGGACACGUGCAACUCGAUACCCGCGAUCCUUGAGGAUACCGCCGCUUCCACGUGCCUCUCGAUAGCCGUGGACAAGCACAGAAUGUACGUGAUGGAGAAGAGUUCCGGUGUGACGUACUCUUUCGAUCCUAGCUCCAAGACCUGGCGCGGACCUUACGAUCUGCGGCCCGGCAAGAAGGUUUUCUCCUCCGUGAUAGGAUUCGUCAAUGAACGCAUGGUUGUGGCGGGUCUUAUCAUAGACGCUGAGAAUGACAACGGCGUAAAAAUGUGGGAAGUGAAUAGUGAAAUGUCAGAGCUGAGGGAGAUGGGUGAGAUGCCAACGGAGCUUGUGGGAAAGCUGAAGGGUCAGAGCCCUCGUGUGCUGUCGAUUACUAUGACAUCGAUGGGUGAUUUGGCGUAUUUGCACAAUCCGUCGGACCCUGGGGAGUUGAUUGUGUGCGAGGUAUCCAACGGUGUGUGCACAUGGGGGAGUGUACGGAAUGUGGUCGUGAAAGAUGGGAGUGGGUUGCAGAGUUUAGUGUUCACGUGUUCGAAUGUCGGACUCGCAGAUUUGCAUGAGGCAUUGAGGUCUGGGAAUCUCCAGUUUCGCUAUUAUAACAAGGAGUAA